AGAAAAUAGUUUGAAAUAGUUCUAGAUGGCAAAUAGCAUUUCACCAGGCAAUGACUUAACAAAAUAUUUGGUAUGUCUCGCUACACAACACAGACCAAAAGGAAAGUCCCACAAGUGAUCCAUGCCCUAUUUAAUGAAUUUUUAAAAAAUCCUUUGGAAGAUGUUUAGAUCGAUUUUUAGGUUUCAGGAUUUUUUAACUGUGUAUAAAGAUGAUUCUCAACUAUGUUUGAUAUACCAUUUUGCUUUAUGCAAUAAAUGGCCAUAAACGGGUUUUCCCAGCGUUAGCCCCACCCACUGGUGUGUUAGUGAGAUGAGGAGGAGAGAAGAGCGAUACAGGACUGAAAAUAACAUUACCUUUCAAAGGAUCCUAAUGCUAGGAAUAUCGUUAUUUAUUUUCAACGAUGUGAAUGUCUCAGUUGAGCUUUAUUUAUUUGUAUUCAGUACAUUUCACUGUGGAUUCUUUGGUAAAUCAAUCGCAUUUCGGUGCAAACAGACUUUUACGAUAUGGACUCGACAGUAACGCGACAACAUGUCAGUAACUGUGUUCAUUCUAAUGCCUGAUCUGAUAUUAAUGAUUCAUGUACAGUCAGAUGUUGUGUCAGUAAAUCAAACCAGUGACUAAACGCUCAACUUCACAUUGUUUCUCUUAGUAGGAUGAAAAUAAUCUGUUAUUUAAACUGGGAUUAAAUUAUAUAAAGAGCGAUCAAAGAACGCUCCCUUUACAAUCACUGGAGCUGUCAAUCAAACAGCGCAAGUUUAUCAGUGAAUCUCUUAGUUACAUCGCGUUUGCACUGUUAGUUAUGAUGAAAGCAUUCAUUAGUGUGCAGAAAUUGAGUUCAAUGACGAGAUCACUGCUUUCAUGCGCUCAACAACAUGUCUGUGAUCGACUACAAUGUUCAUCACUGCAACCUUUCAUGCCACGAUCUAAAUAUAAUGCCAUAUAUCUAAAUGUAAUGCUAUAAUCAGCACUUUUCAUGAUUAGUUAACCUUGAGAGCUGUAAUAGUAAAACGUGCUAAAAGAGAGGGUAAUGCUAUUUCAUAUGCAAAGAUGCCAGCCAAUCACAGCAGUGGGCGUUUACACUGAAGACACGCCCCUUAAAACAGAGCGUUCAAAUCAGAGGGCUAAAAUCAGGAAUCAGGGUAGGAAAAAUGCCUUUUGUUUCUAAAUUAUGACAAUGUUUGAUGUAAAAAGCAUACUAACAUUAUAAGUGCACCCCAAAUUAUAAAACAAUAAAACAAUGCAGUUCAUGACCCCUUUAAAAUGAGUUAAUAGAAAUUAAAGAUUUGAGUUAAUACAACGAAGGCGAUUGAUUUAAUCAUCAGAAACUCAAAAUAUUAUGUUAUCUGAACUACAUUAAAUAUCUAAGUUGAUUUGACAGAAGAAAAAUGUUGUAAUAACAAAUCAUGAAAAUAAUUGUUUACAGUGUGAUUAGUCCUCUGCAGUGGACAUGAAAUCAAUGUCCUAUUUCAUAACAGAAAAUCACAUUUUGAUUUCAAACCGAUAUGAAAAAACAUUUUGAAAAUAAGUCAGAUUUAAAUUAUCAAAUUUCCAUAAGAGUGUUAAAUUUGAUCACUUAAUUAAUAAUUAUUGCAUUUUUAAAAACCAGCUUAAAGAAGCUUCCCAACAUUUGGUAUCUCUGAAAAGCCAUGAAUUUGCUCUUUACAGGACAUCCAGACUUUAAACAGUGGCAUGUAUGUUGUCAGAGAAAUUCACUAAAAUAUAAUGUCCACUGCAGAGGACAAAAGGUUCCAGGAAGAUAUGCAUAGCCCUUCUUUAAAAAAAAACUCAUUUAAAUGUUGAAUCUUGAUCGUCUCUUGAGUCAUGAUGGCACAGAGGAGAGGAGGAGAAUGUGAAUGACAGCAUGCAUGUGAUUGUGUUUUUCCACCUGAUGAGGAGCAAUAAAUUCCCACGUGAGCGUGAAUCUCUUCUGAUGUAUGAAAAGGGUUAAGAACACGAGCGUGCUCUGCUCACCACUGCAUUACAUCAUUCAGCACCCCCCAGUCCUGAGGUGUUGAAUCGAGCACUAGGUGGCAUCCUCGAUGAGUAAGCAGCAUCCGCGUCUCUCUCUCUCUCUUCUCUUCUCUCUCUUCAGUCCAGACAUCCAGUCAGCGGCGUCGGGUGUCUCAGGGAACAGUCCCGCGCUCGCUCCCUGUGCGGGGAUGCUGCGCGAGCACAAUGUCCAGGUGACAAGAACCCGAUUCCAGCAGGAGUUCGUCUCUGACCUGAGCCGGUUCGAGCACUAACUUCACCGUCCGGAGGAUGCUCUGCCUCUCUGGCGUCACCGUCACCCCACAACUCCAUGGCUACCUCAUUAGGGGUACUCUGGAGAAACAGGUGUCGGGGAAGUGACGUCACGAGCCUCGGAAACCGGAGGUGUGCGCUUUGGAGAGCAAGAUGGCAGCGAAAUCCGACGGUCGGGGGGUCGUCACCGGUUUCGCCCAGCUGCACAACCUGGACGAGACGGUGGGGAGCUGCGAGGACGACCCGCGGCAGAACAGCUCAUUCCACAUCUGCCACUGCUGCAACACCUCGUCGUGCUACUGGGGCUGCCGGAGCGCCUGUCUGCAUUACCUCCUGGGCAAGGGGAGAGACGUCAGGCGGCCACCUCACGAGGAGCGCCUGUGGUUGGACUGCCUGUGGAUCGUCCUCGCGCUGCUCGUCUUCUUCUGGGACGUGGGCACUGACUUGUGGCUCGCGCUCGACUACUACGCCAAGCAGGACUACCUCUGGUUCGGACUCACACUGUUCUUCGUGCUGGUGCCGUCGGUGCUGGUCCAGAUCCUGAGCUUCAGGUGGUUCGUGCAGGAUUACACGGGGGGCGGCUUGGGCUCCGUGGAGGGUCUGAGCAGCGGCCGGAGAGCCGCGUCGGGCACGAGCGCAGGGGUGUACGGCAGGGCCAGAUGCUGUCGCGUCUCGGUGUGGGUCUGGCAGACGCUCAUACACAUCCUUCAGAUGGGACAAGUGUGGAGGUACAUCAGAACAAUGUAUCUCGGCAUCCAGAGUCGCAGGCAAAAGGAGAACCAGCGACGCUUCUACUGGGCCAUGAUGUACGAGUAUGCCGAUGUCAACAUGCUCCGUCUACUGGAGACAUUUCUGGAAAGCGCUCCACAGCUGGUUCUCCAGCUCUGCAUCAUGAUCCAGAAGAACCGGGCCGAAACGCUGCAGUGUGUGUCAGCGGUCGCGUCUCUCCUCUCUCUUUCCUGGGUUCUGGCCUCAUACCACAAGCUUCUGCGUGAUUCCCGCGACGACAAAAAGAGCAUGAGCUACCGGGGAGCGCUGGUGCAUCUUCUGUGGCGUUUCUUCACCAUUUCUUCUCGGGCGCUAUCAUUUGCCCUCUUUGCCUCAGUUUUCCACCUCUACUUUGGCAUUUUCGUGGUGCUGCACUGGUGUGCCAUGGCCUUCUGGGUAAUCCACGGAGGCACCGACUUCUGUAUGUCCAAGUGGGAGGAGGUGCUAUUCAACAUGGUGGUGGGCGUGGUCUACGUCUUCUGCUGGUUUAACGUCAAGGAGGGAAGGACCCGAUACCGCAUGGUGGUUUAUUAUUCGCUGGUGCUGGUUGAAAAUACCAUCCUUACCGCUCUGUGGUACGCCUACAGAGACCCGGUUGCUACCGACUCCUACGCUGCAUCCGCCCUCUGCGGCGUCUUCCUGUGCUUUGCCUCUGGAGUGGCCUGCAUGGUCCUCUACUACGGGGUCCUGCAUCCUAUGGGACCCCGACUGAGGGUGCUUGCCAGUUCCUGCUGUGCCGAGCUGCUCUGGGGUCUCCCCUUACCACCUGAGGCCGAGCCCAUGGCGCCCACUCCGGGGCCUCGGGGCUCCCAAGCCACCCCGACCAGGGGCAUGGCUUCAGGUGACUACAGCGAGCCGGAGGAGGCUGCCACAGACACUUGCCUGCCGGUGUUCCAGGUGAGAUCCACAGAGCCCACCGAUGCGGCGGGCCGGCCCAUUCAGCCCGAGGGGCCCCUCAUCAAGAUUGACAUGCCCAGGAAGCGCUAUCCGGCCUGGGAUGCUCACUUUGUGGACCGACGUUUGCGGCGGACCAUAAACAUCCUCCAGUACAUCAGCCCCAAUGCAGUGGGCAUCAGGUACAGGGAUGGACCCCUCCUCUACGAGCUGCUCCAGUACGAGUCCUCCCUAUGAAGGCGCUCCUUCUCUACUCUCAUGCCCUCUCUGGUUAUCCACUUCCCUUGGUGCUUUUUUCUUCAGAGUUUUUAUUUAGUUGUACUCUUAAACUAUAAGAGUGCAUCUAAGAGUCUAAACAGAGAAUAUUCAACAUAUAUUUUGACUAACACAGUGUAGAGUUGGAGAACAAAGAGUCCGAAAUACAACAUUCCCUAGUUUGGGUUACUAUAGCGUGAAUGUUCGACUAAUGUGUUUGUUUGAUGGUGUCUGUGGCCCUGUCACCUCUGACAUGUGCAUGAUGGGAAUGAUGGAGGAACAUAGUCUUUAGCAUCCUCAUUCUGAUUUUGCUUUUGCCAUUUUGUGCCUACGUUUUUUCCAAACAGUUGUGAUGACAACUGAUCUUAAAGAUGGCAAACGAGUUAAUAUCAGCUAGACACUAAAAAGCACAUUUGAUUGUCAAAAAAAAAAAAAGCACACAAUGCCCUAUUCCUUUUCUCUUGUGAUUAAGGGGGAAGAGACUUGAAAUUGUUGUCAAAUUGCUUUAAUCUCCAGUAAAAUACAAUGAUGUCAUGUAAAGAUUUUGGUGUUGGCCAACCAUAUAACACUGCCACUGCUAUUUUGAUCAUCAAGGGCCUUAAUAUUUAUCUUAACAUGUCUUUUCCUACUGAAACUCACUAGUGAUGUGAUAUACUGUACAAAUCUGAGGAAGUUAUGACAAUAUAUGAUAUUUUUUUACAUAUGGCCCACUGUUAUUUUUAACCCAUCUAUAUUACGUGCGAGUACACUUUAUGAAAGCUAGAUUGAAUAAAUGGGACAUAAUUCUUUGUAUUUAUAUACCAUAUCGUUUAAAAGUUUGGGGCCAGUAAGAUGUGAAGAGGUUUAAAUUGUUAAAAAAGAUGAAUCAUGGUUUACACAAAAAUAGGGACUGUAUUCAACAUUGAUAAUAAUGAUAAAUGUUUCUUAAGCACCAAAUCAUCUUAUUAGAAUGAUUUCUGAUGGUUCAUGUGACACUGAGGACUGGAGUAACGACGCUGAAAAUUCAGCUUUGAUCCCAGGAAUAAAUUACAUUUUAUAAUAUAUUCAAACAGAUAUUUUCAAUUUCAAGAAUAUCUCACAAUAUUACUGUUUUAAAGUAUUUUUAUAUCAAAUAUCAAAUAAAUGCAGCCUUCAUUAGCAUGAGUGAAUCUUACAGACCCCAAACUUUUGAACGGUAGUGCGUUUUAUUUUAUUUAUUUAUUUAUUUUUUUACAUAUGGCCCACUUUAUAUUUUUUUAAAACCCAUCUGAGAGUGAGAGUGCACUUGUUGAAAGAUAGAAAUAUAGACAUAUUCCCUUAUAAAAGUCUUUCCAUAAAUACACAGAUAUAAAGACAAAAUAAUACGACUUUGUUAAACAUGUUUUGUCAUAUACCUUAACUAAAAAUGUGCUUUGUGUGAUCGAACAUGUACUGUACCUGUAAAUUGGUUUUAUGCAAGGAAAAAAUAUUAAUUAAUAUGACUAAACUAACCUCAAUGAAAUUAUUUUUGAGGAUUAGCUCAUGUAAAAACGUAUCCUUAAGGUAACAAUUGCAGGUUACCGUUUUUACAGUGUAAUAAUGAACAGAAAUGUUUGCAGUGUGUGGUGCUUAACUCUAACCUUUAGUACUCCUCCAUCAUUCCCUGUACAAAAUUGCAUUUGUCUCUCCACUUAAACCUUUUCCUCAGAAAAAAGCUAAUGGUUUCUCAAAGUGUCAAGAAACUUGACACACUUACAUGUGUAAAUGGUAUACCAUUCGCAUUCAAAAUGUACUAUACUCAUUUUUUAUUUAUAUAGAAAUCCUUUAUUUGAAGUGUGCAAUAUUUUUUGAAGAUGUACUUUGAAAUGAUUGGAGAAAAAGGUUGCUUUUGCCUGAAUUAAGUUUAUACGCCACCAUCGAAUGCAUGCCAAGGAUGCACAUAUUGAGCAUUGACUGGGGUGCCAGGUGCCAACCAAUGAAUGAGGGUUUCUAAAGUGCAAGAUAAUUGAAUUAAAUGUCCGAUUUUUUUCAGUAUCCUAUAUACGGUGCACUUAGAACAAACCUGAGGGUUACCUCUAGAAAAAGCCACUUGUUUACCUCCAAUCCUGAGGUAAUUUUCCCCCAGAUUUCAUUGAUUCGAUUAAGAAUGAAUGAAUUGCUCUGUGAGGGCUGAGGUCAUUUUUGUUGUCCCGACACCUUGUUUAGCAUCCAGGCAAGAUAAGUGCAGACACUAACAUGGGAUGCCAAGUUUCACCGCAUGGGCUGCUACAAACCUCAUUUGUGCCUGCUGAAAUUUUCCAAGCAGACUUCAGAUCGGGUGUAGUGGACAAGGUGGAGGGUUUUUUUCUGCCAGGGAUGGAAAAGAACAUGAGGAUAGACAAUAGCUAUCAGUGAGAGUGUGCAUUCGUGUGUAUGUGUGUGUGACUUUGGUUUGUAGGUCUUACCUCUUCAGCUCCAUCCUUGGUUGCUGCUCAGACCCCUCCACCCCUCUCAUGCGAGUGUUAUCUGGGAUACUCGGAUGCAAAAACUUGCUUAACAACUUGGAUUUAUAACCUGGCCAAAGGGAAUCAGGGAUGGGCAGGCGAUUUCAUGCAAUUCCGAAACAUCAAAAUUCCGUAAUCCUUCGCAAUAUCAGGUUUUCAGUUGAAACUAAGAAAUGUUUCUGUUUCCUGUUCCCUAUUCCCUUACAGUGCCUGUAACAGUCACCGAUAUUCCAAUCCUUUAGGUGCUUGGCACAUUGAUGCACUGUUGUUUGCUGGGAUAUGCACCAACCCUGUUAUGUUAUGAUGUGUACGACUACUUUAACUUGUUUUUACGCGUUUAACUUGUUGUUGCGUGACUCGGCUGCCUGCACUCUAAAAAAUGCUGGGUUAAAAACAACCAUUUCUGGGUUAUUUGGCAACCCAGCGCUGGGUAAAUAUUUGACCCAGCAUGUUGGGUUUUAUACAUUAACCCAUUUGCUGGGUUGUUUUUUGACAGUGCUGGGUUAGUCAACAUGAUAUCAAAGGUUUUUCAUUUUAAAUAAUAAAACUGCACCCCAAAAUCUCUGUUAUAUAUGUAAGACAGAAGCAGUUUACAUACAAUAUUUUUUAUUCAAAGUCAGUCUUUUACAAUCAUAAAACACUCAAAAAAACAUUUAGUAAAGGGUUUAGGACAGCGGGAGCAGCAGCCAGUGGUAAUCUGUGGGAAGAAAACUGCUAUCAGGCUGUUCCAGUUCAUUAAAUGACAAUCUUGUAUAUUCAUAUUUGAAAAGUUACAUCAAAAACAGCUUUACCUUGUUGUGCCAUCUCGUCUGUCAUACAAACGCAUAGCGCGACCGCAGCUGCAACGCUAGCGCACUAGAUCUAUAGCGCUCCUAUUGUUGUCACUAUAUUACAGCACAACAAAUUCGUUUUAUAUGACAGCGAUGUCGCGUCGUGUUUCAGCCCUAGUCGCGCAUUCGUUUGACGGAGGUGAAGCGUUAAUGGUGGCGCCGGCGCGUCGUUCGCUUUGAGUGUAGAUCCGGUGUAUUGUAGAAGCCUAGCGUUAGCUGCGACGUACAUGUAAACAAAGGUAAAAUGUGAGACUACAGACUUUUUCCUAUUUAUACGGUAAUAAUUUGAUAGGAAUACAAUGUAAUACAAACCUUAAUUUCAUUCAAGAAGUUUCCCCUCGGGAAGUUUUCUCUCAGAACAAAAAAUGGCCGUUGACAAUAUCCAGUUUUAACCGGUUUGGCACAGACUACCCAACAUUGGGCUACAUUGACCUAGCGCUGGGUAGAUAUUUUAGGGGGUUCAUCAUUUGUAUUGACAGUAAAAAUGACCCAGCACCUGGGUAAAAAUAUUAAAAAUAAAAAUAUUUAAAAAUAACCCAGCAUCUUUUUAGAGUGUGGUAUUUAGUCAUACGUUCAUAGUCCAAUUACAGAUUCGGUUUCUACUAACGCACUUGAGGUAAGACAGACCAGGUGAUAUUUUCAACUACACUGUGAUAUUUUCUUCUAUUAUUCUACUUGCGCAUUAGCAUGAUGUGUAGUGACCAACAUUGCCACGUUUGAGCAGACACAGGGAGAGAUUUGAAACAAAUCCUACCCCGUACAGCACACGUAUAAUUCCGAAUUGGUUUGUUUUAGAUUACCGCCUUACUAGUCAAAGAAGUUACACAACAGAUUAGUCGAUGUUAAAGUCAUGCCACCACUUCGUCGAGGGUGGGGUGGGUGAGCGGGACCAGUCUCUAAUAUCUGAUUCUUUGUGGUGCCUUGUCUUUUUGGGUGCUUCUGUAUAGCCAUGGCAGCCAGUGCAGCAAACAACAAUGCCAGUGUCUCUAUCUCCAUUCAUAUUUCACUCAGUACUGUAACAAGCCAGUCAAUUUUGUCCCAUACCCGCGCAGGAAGUGAAUCUAAAUCUGCGUAUUAUGUCUGAAAGGCAAUACUUAACAUCUAGCCUACUUGAAUGUUGGGUUUUAAUUCCUGAAGAAGACCGGUUCCAUUCAAACAUUCACAAGGCUUUUAUGAGCAGAUGCGAAAAAGGAAAGAGAUUUAAUUGGUUUGUUUGGGUACUAAAUGACAGUUAUGAUGAAGUUAGCAAUUUCUUUAAUGAUUGUUAAUGUACUUCUGUCUAUGCCUUCCUCUGUCUUGCAAAACGAAUGAGCUGUAGUGCCAACAAGUUAAUCUUUUCUCUCUGUCGUUUGUCUUGUGAACAAAAAUGUCUAGCCAAAUGGAUUUAUGCCUGCAAAAAAAAAAAAAGAAGAAAAAAAGAAAAAAAUGUGUGUAGACCAAUAAGAAUAGAAAAAGUGGGGUACGUAAAUAUGGUGCUCACUGGAUCGAAUAUUUUAACUUAAAUCUGAGAUGGCAUUGGACACAUUUUUAACGGCCUCUAGUGGUGAACCAUCUUCAGACUGCUUCUACAUCCUUUGGAUUUUUAGCAUGCCCACAAAAUGCAUCCUAUGGUGACCCCUCCAACACACUUGCAUGCUUUCUUCAAUGCAACGUCCCACCCAUCGCUCCAGAGCAUCUACAUAUGCUCAUCAAAUCCACAGUGGUUCUGCAAUGAUCAGUAUUGAAAUAGAGCCAAAUGUUCUGAUGACAAAACGACCACAAAACGGUGCAUUUUUGUUUCUUGACCUGGUGCUUAUCAACAUAUUCUUAAGGUGCUACCACGAAUGUGGACUGCAGGACCCCUGUCGUGGCUCACUAAGCAAGGCCACCAUCCGAUAGACCUGCCUCUUUAAGCUCACGGACACUUUCCUCUCUGGAAGAACAAGCACCUCAACACAGUUUACAGCCAAACAUCUCUCUUUGAAAUAUGGUGCCAUUUAUUAUGUUUCAACCUGCACAAAGAAGCAUUGGUGCAGCAAAUAUCUUAAUUUUUUUUACUUCUUCCCCAAAUUUCUGUUCAUUUUUGUGUAUAUUUGUUUAAAAAAAAAUGUUUAGGUGUUUAAAAUCUGCACUAGGAUUUCUCAUAAGAGAAAAAAAGAUGAAAAUGCAUCAUUUUGACAUUCAUCCACAGGCCUAAAAGUACUUCUGAUAAAAAGGGAUCGCUAAAAACAUAUAGAAGGUGAUUGCCGUGCUGUAUAUUCCUGUCAUCUCUAUGUCCUAAACCUAUGUGUAUUUCUUCUGUUAUUGUAGAGCUGGCUGUAUAUUUUGUUGGAAAAAUAAUCUUAUGAUUGAUUAUGGUUGUCAGAUGAAUUGCUGCUGAUUUUUAGAGUUGUUAUCCAUGCUGUUGGAGAUGGGUAAAUCACCUGUGAAACAGAUUGUGUUAGAUCGUCAUUGUAUUUCUCACAUGGGGUAUUAAAGAAAGAAGGCACAAAAUUAUUAAGCAAAUUA